AUGAAGCCAUCAAGAACUCUUGUUAUUUUUAUUGUCAUUGUAUCAAGUUUUGUGGUAUCAAGUGAAUUGUUAUCGAUCACUGGAUUAUUGGGUGGAUUACUUGGUGGUUCAUCUUCAUCAUCUUCAUCGUCAUCCUCUUCAUCCUCAUCAUCGUCAUCUACAGGUGGAUCAGGACCUAUUAUUGAUAUAGAUAUUGGACCAAUUAACAACAAUGAAACAUUAUCAUCAUCUUCUUCUUCUUCUUCAAACCCAACAUCUAGACAAAUUCUAUCAACAACAAAUGUUCAAGGUCAUGAUUGGAGACCUUUUGGACUAGUUAGUAGAGUUAAAGAUCAAGGUGACUGUGGAAGUUGUUAUGCAUUUUCAGCUACAUCUGCCAUUGAAUCUAGAUACCUGGCAAUAAAUAAAAAUUUUGAUCUCUCUGAACAAGAAUUGGUUGAUUGUCGUGAAUACGGAAAUACAGGAUGCCAAGGUGGCUGGAUGCAUACCUCUUUUAAACAAGUCCAAGACCAAAAGGGAAUAUCAUUAUCAAGUGAACGACCCUAUGUAGGUUAUAGUAACAGGAGGUUCUGCAACCCAGUAUCCAAAACUGCCAACAUUCAAACCUACGCAAUGGUAUCAAGAUCAGAGACAGAAUUAGCAAAUUGUGUCCUUAAAACACCCAUUUCAGCUGCAUUUGAUGCAAGCUCUAGAGAAUUUCAAUUAUACAAGAGUGGAAUAUUUUCAUCACCAACAUGUGAUAAAUCAAAACCAACACAUGCAGUACUUGUUAUUGGAUUUCAACCAACCUAUUGGUUACUUAAAAAUUCUUGGGGAACUGGUUGGGGUGAACAAGGAGGAUUUUUCAGGAUGGCUAGGAAUAAUAAUGAUAAAUGUGGUAUUGCUAGUUAUAAAUUAAUUAAUAGUACCCAUCAAAGUAAAGUCACUCAUUGUAUUGAUCAACCCAGUCAAUUUUUGGAUCUCCCACAGCAAAACUAUUAA